GUAACAGUGUAAGUGUGGCUUUGAUCACUAGAGAGAAAGGAUGAUGGAGACAAAUUAAUAGUUUAGGGUGUAAAGAUGUUGAGGAUGGUAACGGGUAGACCCGGUCCAAGUGGAUUUGGAUCAGCUACCACUGCUGAACAAGUUACUGAUGGCAUUGAUGGCUCCAAUCUUACUGCUAUUGUUACAGGAGGUGCAAGCGGAAUUGGUUUGGAGACAGCAAGAGUUUUAGCAAUGAGGAAUGUCCAUGUCAUUAUUGCAGCACGAAAUAUGGAGGCUGCGAAGGAGGCAAAACAGUGUAUUCUCGAGAACAAUAAAGAUGCUCGCAUCGAUAUUGAGAAACUUGACCUGAACUCAAUUAGAUCUGUCAAGGCAUUUGCUGAUAAUUUCAAAGAACUUAACCUUCCCCUCAAUAUUCUAAUAAACAAUGCAGGUGUCAUGUUCUGUCCGUAUCAGCUUUCGGAAGAUGGCAUAGAGGUGCAAUUUGCGACAAAUCAUCUAGGUCCCUUCCACUUGACUAACCUUCUUAUCGACAAAAUGAAGGAAACAGCAAAAGUUACUGGUACUCAGGGUAGAAUUGUGAACUUGUCAUCAAUGGCUCACUAUCUCACUUAUAAAGAAGGAAUACGAUUCGACAAAAUCAAUGACAAGAACAGUUAUCAGGACAAACUAGCAUAUGGUCAGGCCAAAUUAGCGACCAUAUUACACGCCAAUGAGCUUUCUCGCCGACUGCAGGAAGAGGGAGCAAAUAUAACUGUCAACUCACUGCAUCCAGGUUUAAUAAUGACACCCCUCAUGAGACAUUCUUCUCUUUUAUCGAAAUUUCUAAAGGUUUUCGCUCCUUUCAUUUGGAAGAAUGUCCCUCAGGGGGCAGCUACAACUUGCUAUGCUGCACUGCAUCCAAGUCUGAAGGGGGUUACCGGAAAGUACUUCAACGACUGUAACGAGUACGGGCCAAGCAAGCUAGCUUACGAUGAAGAUUUAGCGCGUAAACUUUGGGAUUUCAGCAACGACAUGAUUGAUGCAGCUUUAAAAGCUUGAUAAGUUAAAUGCAGUUCCUGAGAAACUAAGCCUUGAAAGAAAUGUCUUUUCUAGUUCUGCUAUUUCUAAUUUGUGGCCUUAUCUCUCUUUAUUCAGGGGUCUAUAGGAAACAAUCACUUUAUUUGAUCUCUUCUCUGAGUUAGCGGUAUGGAUGGUGUACACUUACCCUCCCCGGACCCCACUUUGUGGAAAUAUACUAUGUUGUUGUUGUUGUUGGCAA